AAAUUUCUUCAUUAGGAUACUUUCAUGAAAGCCCUAAAAAUCCCCACGAAUUUGAAUGAGAACUCCUAAACAGUCAGUUUACGAUCUUAAUCCUUUCAUGUGAACUCAAGUGUCAUGCUAAAAUGUGUCGGAACUAAACCUUUACUGGUAAGAAAUGCUUCACUCAGGGGCUGCUGCAAAGAAAGCAAGAUCUGUCAAAAUUAAUCACAAGUAGAAAGUAAGAACAGCUUGCUUUUAUUUCUAUUCUGUUGCCUCUCACCCAGCAUAAUUUCUAUUUGGAUAGUGAAAAAUUAUUACCUUAUGACUGCCUGGUGUGAAGGAACAUUUUAAAACAAUCAUCCAGCACGAGUGCAAACUUUCUAUAAAUGAGACAAACAGAACCUUUUAUUAUCCCCUACCCAAAUAAAACCCUAACCUGACCAAAAGCUAUUCUGUAUUCUUGCUUUGCAAGGACUGCACAUCCCAGGGGCAAGGCUGGACUUCCCAGAGCUCUGCCCUCGGAUGCCAGUGCUUCCAAAGGGGGCUGCUCUGCCACCCACCUCCUCUUAUUUCACAUCUUUCCAGGGCCUUCGAAGUACCCAGGCUGUAGAUCGAAUCCACACGGGCUUACUGAGAAACCACACUGGCCAUUUGCUUUGAGCAAACAGUAACUGUAAAGCAAAUAAAAAACCCCUGUGUAUGUUAUUUUCCCAUUAGGAAUGAGAGAGAAAACAAAUCCUACACGACGGAUGGCAGCUCUGCCACUUGCUGCCUUAGCGGCAAGCAUUCCUGCCCUGCAGUGGGGAGAGCUGAAUUAAUAAUACAGAUGUGAAGUAUUUUGCAGGAAGAACGCUGGGAGUUAGAGCACAGAAUUAAGUCAUGAGGCGGGCAGAGAGCGGCAGUCCCGCCUCACGCUGCGGCUGCCCUUGGAGGGGCAGGGGUGGGUGUCUCUCGCUCUUCGCCUGCAGGGGCAGCGGGUCGCAUCUUCGCCUCGGUGCGUUCGCCCGAGGCCAGGUUCAGCAGGCCGCAUGCACCCCCGGUGCGAUCGCCCGAGGCCAUCCCAAGCUGUGUCACUGCAGCCACACUCGGGCCGCCCUGAGGGGAACGAGCCCCGCCCGCCAUGGCGCCUCCGCCCGGCCCCGCGCCGCCCCUUCCGCCCGCAGCCCCGCCUCGGCCCGGGACCCGCGUGCUGUUUGAUGAUGUUACAGACCCCAGUUGUCCACUCUGCCCCUCUGUGAGAAGUUCCUGUUCAGCACAUGUGGAAGGAGAGCAUAUGUCCCUGCCUCAGCUGCUGCCAUACAGAGCCCAGCAGCGUAGCUGAGACCCACCUUUGAUGGUACUCCACACUAAGACUUUGGUUGUUCUUAUAAAGCACAAUUCCCUUCUGCCACCUCAGCUUCCUGUGAGGACAGCUGGAAACACUCAUGUCUUUAACAGCUGCAGCAAGAUUCUAUGAAGCUCGUAUAUGAAAGCCCUGAGAGAAGAGACUCUGCAAAUGGAAAGAGUGGUGCCCAGUUUUCACUGAUUUCUGCUGGAUUUAGGUUAGGAUUUGACUAUGGCAGUGCGGUUCCUGCGGAAGGCAUCUGUGUGGUUAAAGAAGCACAAGAUCACUGUUGUGGCCGUUUCUUGCAUGGGACUGCUUGGCACUAACCUUUCCUAUCAUGUGUUUCCUGAGCAGACAUUCAAACUGUUGCACGAGUGCUGGUCAGAGGGGCAGCCAGCUGAGCUUUCAGAGAAGCUCUGUGGUGUGUUUCAGGAUGUCCUUCAAGAUAUUGGUGUGAAGUCCACUGGCUCCUACAGAGCCUUUGCAGCUUCUGGCUUCCACCCUGUGAGCACUGGAAUUCCCUGGCUGCCUGAAGGCUGUUUGGUGGGCAUCCCACCUAACUUUGAUAGCACUGCUGUGGAUAAAAAAGGAAUAGUCAACCAUGUUGUUGUAAUAAAUGGCAAGAAAGUAGACUGGGAGAGCAGUGAAGGUGUGGCUUUGAAGGAAGCUCUCACAUUUUCCCUUAAAGCUCAGAAGUUUGCCAUUGCCAGAGAAGUUGUGUACUUGCAGAAUGGCAGCCCUUUAGCAAGUGCAGUUGUGGCUCCGACUUGCUUGGCUGGCACGUUUGUCUGUGGGAGAGCUCUAAAGCUGCUUCUGGGGUUAUCCAGCGGCCCUGUGAUCCUCCGUGGCCUCUGUAACCUUGUCACUGCCAUGGGAGGACUGCUCUGCUACUAUGUCUCUUCUGAUGCCAUCACCUAUCACCUGGACUGCAGGGCCGACUCGAAGGCAGCCAGGCUUUCCAAGGACUAUGCCAGCGGUGGCCUUGAAUUUUAUGAUAAAAUCUUGUCCCGCAACAGGAUUUUUCGUGGUCUGAUGGGCAAGCAAGGGAUGAAAAUGUAUGCCCCGAGUGGUAACCUUUUCCCAAGGCACUGGUUCAGAAUAAAGUAUACCCCAUACACUUACCGGAGAACUUUGAUUCUUAAUAUUUUAAGAGAGCUCCAGGCAUCUGAUGGAAGUGCUUGAAUUUUAAACUUGUGAAUUAUGUAUUUUGGAACACCGCUGUGCUGCUUUUUUCUUUUUCCUUCUGUAUCUUUAUUAGAAUUUUGGGGUUUAUUUUUGCAUAUAGUUCGGAAAGAGUUAUUGCACGUUUCUUGAAUAAAGAAUUCUCUCUUAAAA